AUGUGCCGGAGCCGGGAACCGGUGUUUCGGCUUCCACUGGGGGCUCCAGGCAGGUUUUCUUGUCCGUGCUCCCCGGGCAAAGCUGCGCUGGUGCGGCGUGGACAAGUAGUGGCCGACGCCCUCGUCGCUCUGGGCCCUCGUCCGCGGCCGAGCCUACGUUUUUCCUUUGAGCCGGGAGCGCUGCAGGACACCACUCCUGUGGAAGUUAAUAGGGCUUUUUGCUGUGCUGUUUUAUACAUCUGUGAUGUCUUCAGGUGCUGUGCAGCCAGUGAAGCAGGAGAGCCAUAUCGUCUCUUAAGUGGUACAGAAUAUGUUGUUGGACGCAAAAACUGCACAAUUUUAAUUCAGGGUGAUCAGUCCCUCAGUCGAAGACAUGCAGUUCUGACAGUAAGCCGUCCUGAAACAACCUCUAGCCCAUCUCUCUCAGUGCCUGUAUUAACAGUGACAGAUACAUCUAAAUAUGGUACCUUUGUUAAUGGAUCAAAACUCAAUGGCAGGUCAGUGUCAUUGCAGUCUGGUGACAGAAUCAACUUUGGAGUCUUUCAGAGUAAGUUUAGAGUAGAGUAUGAACCUUUGGUUGUCUGCUCCUCAUGUUUAGAUGUUGCUCAGAAAACUGCUUUAAAUCAAGCCAUCCAGCAGCUUGGAGGUCUUGUAGUGAAUGAAUGGACAAAAGAGUGUACUCACCUUGUAAUGGUAUCAGUAAAAGUUACUGUUAAGACUAUAUGUGCUUUGAUUUGUGGUCGACCAAUUAUAAAACCAGAGUUUUUUGUUGAAUUAAUUACAGCUAUUCAAUCCAGGCAACAGUUGCCAAAUCAUGAAAG